UAUAACUGUUUUAUCGCCAUGGUUGUUAUAAACAAUAACCAUUUUGUAUAAAAAAAACCCGUCCUGUACCUCAUUAAUUAUCACGUACACGUGUUCUUCUCUCCAGUUUGUAAACCCCAGGAAAAAAUACACAAUCGUGAAAAAAGCGCGGAUAAAAUACAUAUUUUCAUUGGUACAAACCGAUAGCAAGUACUACUCUCAUCAGCGUCUUCAUUCCAAGAAUCAUUCCACCGUGCGCGCCCGAACUGCUCAUACUGUAUGUGUAAAAUUGCUGGAUACAAUAUAGAAUCUACAGGCUUAACAGUAAAAAGUUAUGGCGUUUUUCUUAAAUGAUUUGGAUUUUCUCGAGCUAGGGGCGUUUAGUGAGGUCGGUAAUAACGAGGAGGACAUUUUGCUGUCUCAAGCAUUGGACACUUUUGAAAAGUCACCCGUAACUGACAAUUGUAAAACGGAAAGUAGAUCUAGUGAUGAAAUAUUUUCUACUACUUACGAUGACGUGAAGUUGUCACAAGCACUUGACAGUUUGGAGAAAUCGGAUUUGUUUGUAUCAAAUCUUACGAAUACGCAGUAUCAAAGCAUUGUGGAUGGAGUUAACGUUAGUACCGAAGAAUUUGGGGACUUUUCUGUAGAUAUACAGUUGCAGCCUGAGCCUUGGAAUUACGCAUGUGGCGAUCCUGUGAAAUCCCAUUUUGGCAACGUAGAAACGUCAGAAGUGGAUUCUCUAGUCAGCGAACAGAAAGCAAAGAACACCACUAGGAGCACACGUUGGGCAGUGUCUGUGUUUGAGGCUUGGCGAUCUGAGAUGAAAAUGAGAGGGGAGCACAUCCCAGAAAUCCAAGUGCGACAUCAACAACCACCUCUCAAGGUUUAUUGUUGAAGCCAGAAAACAAGAUGGGUCAAGUUAUCCUCCAGCAUCUCUGUACAGCAUAGCAUGUGGACUCUUACGUCAUCUGAGAGAAAAUGGCAUCUAUGAUUGUAACUUCCUGGACCCGAACAAAUCUGAAUAUACACGAUUUCGGGAAGUUUUGGACGCUCAAAUGAAGAAAUUAACAAAGGAAGGACUUGGCUUGCCUAAUCGAGAAGCGAAACCUGUAACGGAGGAAGACGAGAGUUUGUUGUGGAAAAGAGGCGUUUUUGGUAGUAGUACAUCUCUAGCACUACAACACACAAUGUACUUUUAUAAUUGCAAAUUCUUUGGUUUGCGGGCUUACGACGAGCACAAGGAGUCAAUGUGCAACCAGUUUACUAUUGACAAAGACGGAAAUGGAUUGUAUGUGGAAUUUAAAGGAACAAAUUCUAAAACAUUUAGUGGUGGACUUAAACAUAGAAAAGUUGACGCUAAAGUAAUUAGACAUUAUGAUGAGAGUAGUGGAAUAGUUGCAUACUACAAAGACUAUUUGGAAGCGCUUGGAAACAACGGUUACUUUUACAGAAGACCACUGAGCAGACUAAAGCAGAAUGGUAAUGUUCGGUACAGCAAGCAACCUGUUGGUAUUAACAAGCUACGAUGUUUUAUGAAGGAUAUGUGUUCUUUGGCUGGUCUAGAAGGCCGAUAUACGAACCACAGUGGCAAAAAAACUUGUGCUACAACGCUUUACCAAAAAGGUGUACCUGAAGAAGAAAUAAUGAAAAGAACAGGACACCGUUCAAUAGCAGGAGUGAGAAAAUACCAGAAACCAUGGGGACAAAUGCUGAAAGAUAUUUCCAACAAGCUAAAUCCCCCGUGCAGUGUCAAAAGUGAGGGUCAAAAGCUUGAAAAGACUGGAACACCUGUUCAGUCCACUUUGUCCUGCAGUGUUACGAAUGAGGACAAGGAAAUAAAGACUACCGAAACGAAAAUUCAGUCGAACUCGUCUGUAAUCCAGGAACUAUUCGCUAGAAAUAAUUCAUUUAGCGGGUGUACAUUCAAUUUCUAAGAAAUGUUUAUCAACAUUAUCUGUUCAUUUGAGUUUUGUGACGGUGUAGAGACCAGUUAAUGUACUGUUACACACACAGUAUAUAUAUGUAGUUUAAUGUUACUUGAAUUGCUGCAGUUUGAAUAACUUUUUUAGUUAUACAUUGAAAGACGAGAACUUUUUUCAUUAUUAUAAUCUUGUUUGUAAGAUUCAAUUAUUUUUAGGGUCUAAAUCAUUUCUAAAGAGGCUUACACAAAAUCAGAACUUUGCUGUAAACUGGUAACACUAAAUAUGAGACUUGCCUUUUGCCAUAUUAAAUACUUUAACUUUCA